AAUACCAUUCCCUUGCCUGAAGAUAAGCCAUCGAUGAGUCCAGAAAACCCGCGAUGACCACAAAUAAGCCUUUAAACUUAUUCCCAUCUAAUUUAGUUAAUCUUUUAACAAGUUUUCUCGCAGAGAACAGCCAAGCGCAGCGCGUAAUGUUUUCAUGAUGACUUCAUCUUGUUCCCGCAGUUCGUUAGGGAGAUAGUUGUGAUCUCGGUUACGCUGUAGUUUUGUGGAUUUGUUUUUUCGUGCUAAAUUGCUCGGAGAGGAUGGGUAUUAUACGAGUAUGUCUGUACUUUACCUUUAUUUUCUGGAAUGGCUUCAGUUCAGGAGAAGAUGUUCAACAAAAUAUUGCAGGUGUCGUCUAUCACAAAACAGAUUCCGUGCUGUUCAAAGCUUUCAAAGCGGGUAUUAAGCGACUUAACGAAGACAAGAUGUUACCCCACAACAAGACACUUGAAAUAGCCCAAUUCAAAACCGAUGGGAGGAAUUUGCUCGGAUGCGAUGCGGUCAAGAAACUACGAGAGGCUAGCUGCAUCUUUGACCUGUCAUUUGGCGAUGAGCGAUCGUUUGCUUUAGCGGAGCUUCUCCGAGUGCCAAUGGUCGUGCUGAGACCCAUAUAUGGAAGUCGGUGGAAAAGUGAGUUCGUGUUCACGAUGCAGCCGCCGGAGGAUUCCACUGCUAUGGCUACGGUUAAUCUGCUACAUUACCUGACCAAAGAAUCCAAUGUCAAGAAGGUCGCUAUACUGGCUGAGAGGAAGAGAUCUCACUUGGGAGCACGCAUCUUCUCGCUCCUGCGUCGACGAGAGCGUGUCAUGCCUUACAUGAUGCCAGAGCUUGUGAUAGGCGACGACUCUCAGAACACCAAGGCUCUCACCGAGCUGCUCAGGUCUGGGUUAAGCUACGUCAUACUCGUAUGUCCUCCAAAGGAUAUGAGGGCUCUCAUGGAAAAGGCAAUGAGGCUAGGGUGUGUCAAUAAAGAAUCAAAAUGGAUCACAGCAAAUAUGGAAAUCCCAGGGAACAUUUCGGCCCUCGCUCUUCGCGGUCUCCUUGGCAUCCGUUUACACGCGACUGAUACUGGGAGACUGAGGCGAGAGGUCGGCAACAACAGGGGCUACCCAGAAAUCACUGGGCUGACCUAUGCCGUGCUUAACGACUCCAUGUACGUUGUUGGGCUGGCUAUAAGAAAGAUGAUGCUGAGUCCGAUUAUUGUGGACGAGACAAAAAGUAACAAAUACUGCCCUAAGAAUUUGGUCACUACGCCAGGGAAGAGACACAACAUACUCAACUUCUUGAGUAAGGUCAACUAUCAAGGUUUCACUGGACCGGUGGUUUUCAAGCAAGGAUCAAACGAAAGAGUCGUCCAAAUAUUUGACAUUUUGAAUCUGCAACUGCAGGAAGACGAGCAAACGACUAGAAAAAUCAGGAUUGGACACUUAGUAAAUAACGAAACUAGAGCCAGCAAGAUCACGAUGGACACAGAAGAGAAAAUAUUUUGGAACGGAGAAUACUGGGGUGAUAUUCAAUGCGAGUUCCGCGGUAAAGAGACCAUCAAAGCGCCUCCAGUCCAGCACAAAGUUCUUAUCGUCACCGUGAGAGAGGACGAACCGUUCAUGAUGAUCAAACCCAACGCGUCGCUUCUUAAAGGUAACGACCGUUACCGUGGCUUUAGUAAGGACCUGAUGGAGCUGCUCUCAAGAAAGCUCAAUUUCCGGUACGAGAUUCGCAUCAGCAAGGAGAGUUCAUAUGGCUCCAAGGUAGAGGGCCAGUGGCAGGGGCUUAUUGGAGAGCUAGUCCGAGAGGAAGCGGACAUUGCACUUGGUCCAAUUACCAUAACAGCCGAGCGGGAGGAGGUGAUCGACUUCAGUAAGCCUUUCCUUGAUUUUCGCAUCGCCAUGAUCCUACAGCAGCCUACUGGCGAAGAAGUCAACCUGUUCGCUUUUCUUCUUCCUUUCGACGAAAAGCUUUGGCUCACCACAUUAGGAGUGGUCGGUUUAGUGUCUCUUAUUGUCUGGUUUUUGGAUCGGUUCAGCCCUCAAGGUUACAAGACCCAGGCAGAGAAGUCGGGUGAGGGUGAAGGCGACGAGUUCAGCUUGUCCAACAGUCUCUGGUUCGCUGUUGCCUCAAUUCUUCAGCAGGGUGGGGAUAAUACACCUCGGUCGACUUCUGGAAGGGUGUUGGCGGCGGCAUUCUGGCUCUUCACACUCAUCUUAAUCUCCACCUACACUGCAAACUUGGCGGCGUAUUUCACAGCCAAGAGCAUUCGAUCAAAGAUCAACUCUCUGGAGGAUCUUGUCAGUCAAAACACAGUAAAGUACGGCGUCCAGGAAGGGGGGUCACUCUUCACAUUCUUUAGCGAGUCCAAGGUCGACAUAUACGCCACAAUGUUCCAGCAGAUGAAAUCCCAGGAGACAUUUGUAAAUGGCACACAGUACGGCGUCCUUAAGGCUCGUACGCAACCGUUUGCUUACUUGACAGACCAACCCUCACUCGAUUACUACAACAUGCGUAAGCCCUGCAACACGAUGUUAGUGAAAAACCUGCUUGACGCCAAGAGUUAUGCGCUAGCGAUGAGGAGAAACUCGGAGUGGACAAACUUGAUAUCUGUCGCCAUCUUAGAGCUCCGUGAGGAGGGUGAGAUCGAGAAGAGUCGUCUGCGCUGGUGGGAUGACAGCAGCGAGUGUCCGACGGGGCCAUCAACGGACUCAUCGCCGCAAAGACUGGAGCUGCACAGCUUGGCCGGAGUGUUUAUCAUCCUAGGCGGCGGCGCGACCAUCUCACUGGUGUUACUGCUGGUGGAGAAUAAAUGCAGAAACGUUCUCGAACCGGGCAGGCCAGAGUCUCCUGAGGGCGAUGAGACGGACGCUCUGACACGACCCGCGCCGGCGAUCACAGCAAACGGCGGCACAGAGCUGAAGCUAAUAAAUAACUCCGAGCGACGCCAGGAACCGGACGGGAAGAACAGGAGGGCAUCACCCAAGCCGGACAGCAUACAAAACCGUGCCCGCGCGCAGCCUGGGUACGACCUCAGGAUCCCAACCGUCUACGCAUCCGCCCCAGAAAGUAAUCUCUAGAUCAAGUCCAGUUUUUGCGGUGAUUAAAGAGAUUUAGUCAGCUACCAUUAUUUUCAGCCUCCAUUUUGUCAGCGAAGGAGCUAAAAGGGUAGUAUUGGGAAUCAAUCAUUUUCGCCAAAUCUUUGAAAUUUUUAACGAAUGGAUUGAUAAAAAUAAAAUGAAGCCAUGUUUUAGGUGAUUAUCUUAUUUGUCUGUCCCAUCAUGCACCUCUUUCCUUUAGAUCUAGCAUAAUAUAAUUCCAAAAGGGAACUUUGAAAUUCUAGGAAAAAAACUGUAAAGUAUUUGAAUGACGAAAGCAGGGCCUAAAAAGUGGAUUAUUGAAAAUGACUUGAGUUAGCCACCCUGGUAGCCGGUUGAGAAAGUGACGGACGCUUGGUACCGAAACCUUAGAAAGCAGAAGUUGAAGUUCUCAAAGUAACAGUUGAGGUCUAAAACCCGAAGAGUUGAACCCUUCUGUGUCUUUUACAAAGUGGGAUUUAGGGGUUCCGGGAUAGGCCUCGUCCCCAUUCGGACUGAAAAUUUAAAAAAACAAUGUAUGAGGUCUAAGACCUAAAUUUGUCUCUCGCCAUACGUUUAUUGGAUCCCUCUUUUAGAUGGUGAUCCUGGGCCCGUUGCGGUGGUAGGAAACAAUGUUGUUAGUGGCAUUAGUGUUGAGGUCAUUGUGAUUAUCUGCUUUAGUGAAAUAAAGACGAAAAAAUA